CAGUGUCAGUGGUUAGUACGGUAGUCAACGUCUGAUGGUACAUAAUAGAGUAUUUUAACGUCCAAGAUCAAGCUCCAAAAGUGUCCCAAGUUCUUCUCCUGAUGAAGUAAAUUCCUCCAGCUCCACCAGGAUUUCUUUGCCAAGAUGAAUACUUUGCUAUUGAGGUCUGCCCAGGAAAAUGAAACAAAGGACAAAUACCAGGAGGCAUUUCGAGAAGCAGACGUAGACUGUGUCUCUGUGUCACCCAUUGACUUUGAGUUCAUCAACCUUGAAACCCUGUACGCUCACAUCUCACAUCCUGAAGAUCACUCGGGACUCAUCUUUUCAAGUCCAAGAACGGUCCAAUCAGUGGCUCUCUGUCUCAAGAAGCAUGAUGAGAAUGAUGAAUGGGAUGCAAGAUUGAGGGAUGAAUGGAAUAAACUUCCUGCCUUCAGUGUAGGAACAUCUACAGGAGGAGAAGUGAGGAAACUCGGCCUUCAUCCUGUAGGAGAAGACUCUGGAAAUGCUGAAAAUCUUUGUCGAAUCAUCCUUGAAGCCGUCAAGUCUGGAUCAAAACCACUACUCUAUCCCUGUGGUACAAUGAGAAGAGAAGUUAUCCCAAAAACAUUACGGAAGGAAGGAAUCCCCUUUAGAGAAGAUGUGGUGUAUCAAACAAUUUCCAACCCAGAUCUAGAAAAAGAACUGUCAAAAUACCUGCAAGCUAAGGGUUCACCAUUCUGUAUAGUGUUCUUCAGUCCGUCCGGAGUUCAGUUUUCCAAAGAUGUGCUUCACAAAUCAAAAGCAGACUUACAGAAUACAAAGUUCUUGGCUAUUGGUAGGACUACACAAACUGCCAUGGAGGAGCAUGGGUAUAUGGUUGCUGGUGUUGCGGAGAAGCCCAACCCGACAGCAUUGCUUCAAACAAUCAAACAAUGUCACGAUGGAUCAGGUUCAUAAGGGAGAAAAUAAACUCAUCUUUUG